AUGUUCUUAAGUUCAAAAUCUCUAUUGCAAUCGAAUAACAAUGUGCUGAAAAAUAUUAUAAAGAAAGCAUCUGUGCAAAAAAAUAUUGUGCAUAAGUACUCGACUAAUCUUGCUGAGGCUGUAUCUAUCGAAGAUGUAUUACCAUACAACAAGAUACCAGGACCUUCAACAUUACCAAUUAUUGGUGCAGCUCAUCAUUUUGCACCAGGAGGAAAGUAUAGUGGCUUGGAUUUAACAUCAUUAAUAAACAGGCUUUAUGAUGAAUAUGGAGACAUUGUGUGCCUCCGGGGAUUGCCAAGCAAACCUGAUACGGUUUUCAUUUAUAAUUUUGAAGAUAUGGAAAAGGUCUAUCGAAAUGAAGGACCUUGGCCUGAAAGACCUGCUCUAGAAACACGAGAGUACUAUUUGAGAGAAAAAAGACCUGAAGUAUUCAAAUCUGUUUAUGGACUGAUUCAUUCUCAAGGUGAGGAAUGGCAAAAGAUUCGAUCUGUUGUAAAUCAGCCAAUGAUGCAACAUAAAGUUACCAGACAAUAUGUCGGAUGGAUUGAAGAAAUUGCAAACGAUUUUUUAGCUCGUAUUGCUUUGAAAUAUAUUUCACAAGCAAGAAAACGAUUAGAAGCCAAUCCUACAAACGAUCAAAAUAAUCUAAGUGUUUUAGAAAAAUUACUCAAGAAAGACCCUCAAGUAGCAAUAAUUAUGGCUCUGGACAUGAUUUUUGCUGGAGUAGAUACUACAGCUUCCAGUACGAUUACGACUUUAUAUAACUUGGCAAAAAAUCAAGAUAAGCAAGAUAAUUUAAGAAAGCAUUUAUCACAGUUAUUCCCUAAAGGUUCACCUAUAACUGCCGAAGGUUUAAAUAGCGCGUCUUAUCUGAAAGCUUGUUUUAAAGAAUCGCAUAGAAUGAAGCCAGUAGUUCAAGCAAAUGGAAGGAUAGCAAGAGAAGACAUAGUUCUACAAAACUAUUUCAUUCCGAAAGGGACCGCGCUCUUUUUAACUCAUGACUUCUCAUCAAGAGAGAAAAAUCAGUUUCCUGAUUGGAAUAAGUAUAUGCCAGAGCGUUGGCUCCGUACAGAAACCGAAGGCGUCCCUUCGGCCAAAUGCGCCCACAAAUUCGCUUACAUGCCCUUCGGUUUUGGGCCUAGAAUGUGCGUCGGAAGGAGGUUUGCAGAACUUGAGAUGGAAGUACUGGUGACCAGGCUGAUCACCGAUUACAAGGUUCAAUGGACAGGAGCCGAAAUGCAAUACAAAAGUACUAUGAUACAAAAUCCGACUGGGCCAAUGAAUUUUAAAUUUACUCCUUUUACUAUUUACUUCAAAAUGUUUGGUUUAAGGUCUUUAGUAGUGUUAGGUAACAAAGCACCUUGUGAUUUUUUAAAACAAAAACUUUUACAAAAUGUUGUUGUGAGCAAGUACUCUACUAAUCUAGCUGAGGCUAUAUCUUUCGAAGAUGCUCUAUCUUACGACAAGAUACCAGGACCUUCAACAUUGCCAAUUAUUGGUGUUGCCCAUCAUUUUGCACCUGGGGGUAAAUACAGUGGUCUCGACUUAGCACAACUAGCAGAAAAAUUGUAUAAAGAAUAUGGAGAUAUUGUAGCAAUAAGGGGAUUGCCUGGCAAACCAGAUAUGGUUUUCCUAUACAACUUUGAUCACAUGGAAAAGGUAUAUCGUACAGAAGGGCAAUGGCCUGAUAGACCAGCUUUUGAAUCACGAGAGUAUUACUUGAGAGAUAAAAGACCAGAAGUUUUUAAAUCUGUUUUGGGACUACUUCAUUCGCAAGGUGAAGAAUGGCAACAGAUUCGGUCAGUAGUAAAUCAGCCCAUGAUGCAGCAUAAGAUUACAAGGCAAUAUGUUGGAUGGAUUGAAGAAAUUGCCAAUGACUUUAUUGCACGAUUAAAUACUCUUCUCGAUAAAGAAGGCAAUGUACCCGAAGAUUUUCAAAUGGAAAUGAAUAAAUGGUCAUUAGAAUCGAUUGCUCGUAUUGCAGUAGAUACACGUCUUGGAUGUUUUAAUCCAGAUGCUCCUGAGCAUGCUGAUGGUGAAAAAUUGAUAAAAGCGAUACAAAGAGUUUUUGUAUUAGGUUAUGAACUUGAAAUUUUGCCAUCUUUCUGGAAAUAUAUAGAAACGCCCAAGUUUAAGGAACUUAUACGAGUCUACGAUGACAUAACUGACGUUGCUUUGAAAUACAUAUCACAGGCGAGAAAACGUUUAGAAGCAAAUCCAACAAACGAUGAAGAAAACUUAAGCAUAUUGGAAAAGUUGCUCAAGAAAGAUCCCCAAAUCGCAAUAAUUAUGGCCCUAGAUAUGUUUUUUGCUGGCGUAGAUACGACCUCGUCAAGUACGAUUACAACUCUGUAUAAUUUGGCCAAAAAUCAGGAUAAGCAAGAUAUUUUAAGAGAGCAUUUGGGCAAAGUAUUUCCUAAAGGUUCACCAAUAACUGCUGAAGGUUUGAACAGCAUACCAUAUCUUAAAGCUUGCUUUAAGGAGUCUCAUAGAAUUAAACCAGUAGCCCAAGCAGUUGGUAGACUAGCAGGUCAAGAUAUUGUUCUGGGCAAAUAUUCUAUUCCGAAGGGGAAGUCGCUAUUUUUAUUGCACGACUUCUCGACAAGAGUGAAAAAUCAAUUUCCUGAUUGGAACAAGUUCUUGCCAGAGCGUUGGCUACGUACAGAAACAGAAGGCGUCCCUUCGGCCAAAUGCGCCCACAAAUUCGCCUACAUGCCCUUCGGUUUUGGGCCAAGAAUGUGCGUCGGAAGGAGGUUUGCCGAACUCGAGAUGGAAGUACUGGUGACCAGGCUGAUCACUGAUUAUAAGAUUCAUUGGACCGGAGAGGAAAUGCAAUACAAGAGCACCAUGAUACAAAACCCGACUGGGCCAAUGAAUUUUAAAUUGACUCCUGUGUAAUGUAAUGU